AGUGACUUCUGGGAUCAGGGGGCUUGUAGAAGGUGCUGGCGGAUAAGAAAGUCCUCUUUUCUUCUAUCCGCUUUUCUGGGUUGUUCGAACGUCCCCGGACGACUUCAUGCGUAUUUAAUUGAGAAUUAAAACGCACAGGCAGGCAAGGUCUGUUAGGGGGCUGGCGGGAUCAUUUCUGCUUCCGGUGCCAAAGGGCACGUGGAAUGUAAACACGGGACCGCGGAGUGGCUUUCAGAAUGGCUUCCUUUGGGUGGAAGAGGAAGAUUGGUGAGAAGGUAUCCAAGGCCACAUCGCAGCAGUUUGAAGCUGAAGCUGCCGAUGAGAAGGAUGCGGCUGAGAACGAGGAUGGGAGCUGGGUUCAUGCCAGCAAACGGAGGAAGGAAACCCUCCAGGAAGGCUGUAAACUGAAGAGCAAGCAGCUGAAGGACGAAGGUGCUAAUCUGGCUGAAAAGAAAAGGUACCAGGAGGCAAUCCAGAAGUGGGACGAAGCACUGCAGCUGACCCCAGAUGAUGCCACCCUUUAUGAGAUGAAAUCACAGGUCCUGAUGUCCCUUCAUGAAAUGUUUCCAGCAGUACAUGCAGCCGAAAUGGCUGUCAAACGUAACCCACACUCAUGGGAGUCUUGGCAGACUUUAGGUCGUGCUCAGCUUGGAUUAGGAGAGAUAGUCCUGGCAAUUCGAAGUUUUCAAGUAGCCCUCCACAUAUAUCCAAUGAACCCAGAAAUAUGGAAGGAGGACCUUUCCUGGGCAAGAAAACUCCAGGAACAGCAGAAAGUAGCUCGGAGGAUUGAAAAAAAAGAAAUUGCACCCGAAGGAACAGACAUCUCCCCAGAGCCAAUCCCUGACUAUGACUUUGAAAGCGACGAGAUUGUUGCUGUUUGUGCAGCUGUCGCAGAGAAACAGAAGUUGGUGUCUGCAAAUAAAACCAUGGUUAUCGUGUCAGCUUCUGGAACUGUGGAGAUAGUCAAUGAGAAGGAAGAGGGCGCCUCCACCCCAGAUGGCGCUGUCUUUAUCAAAGCCCGAUGAAGCAUACGUGGUGAAAAGAUGUUUGAAUCUAGGUUUUUUUUUUGUUUGGUUUUGGUUGCUACUUAAUGCUUAGAUGACAUUCGAUAUCCACCUUGGAGGAGGAGGGCAAAACUUGAAUUUUUCAGAUGAAGCAUAUAAAAAUCAAGUAGUGGAAUUCUUUAGUGAUUGGACAAGCAAAUUAUACUUAAGGUUCACAUCUUAAGUGAAAUGUGUUUUGACUGUUGAGCAUUGAUUGGACUGUUGGGAGAGGGCAUUUGAAGAUACAAUUUGGAAAUUGUGUUCUUGAAUAGAGAUUGACUUGACAGGCAGUGUUAUUACAAUGUAGACUUGCAGACUUUUGUUCUAUGAUAAAGGAAGCGUGUGAUUUCUCUCCCUCCUAGAAAUCUGCCAUUUGUCUCUUUUCCAUUUUUCUUGCUGCACUAGUGCAAGCUUAAAUAUUUUUGACAUUCAUCUUGAUUCAAAGUUAUCAUUUGGUUGUAAUUUGAUAUAUUUGGAAGUUUGCCUAAAAAUGCAUGCAGAUGUGUGUAUCCUGAACAUUUCCUUGAAUUUUUGUUCUAAUUUGUGCUUAUGUUUUGACUUUAAAGUUAGAAGGUGGUAACUGUUUUCUUCAGUACUUGCUAACUGUGAAUACUGAUGUCAGAGUGACCUUUCACUUCAUUGUCAAGGUCAAGUCAUCUUUGUCACAAGUCAUUCAUUUGUACAGGUGAAUGGCAUUUGGAGAUUGUCAGUAAAUUCUACGCUUACAUUAUCCUGGUCAAAA